AUAUAAGCCCAAACAUUCAUGUCUGCACAUCGUACCUAUACUAUCUAGCUCCUAUUACAUUAUUAUCACCGAAUUAAAGUUGCGUUAUUAGUUGAUGAUGGCCACAACCACUCCACAAUCGCCGGCUCACGAGCAAGUCCAGCCACUGGCACCGGCCGUUUCCGGGCACAGCCACCGUGCGGACGACGUCGAGAGCGGCGGCCGGCCGGUGGACAGCAAGGCUGGACGGAGACGCAAGUGCAUCAAGUGUUGCGGGUGUUGCAGCGUGGUGACUUUGAUCAUAAUUCUGGUGAUUCUGAUAUUAGCUUUCACGGUUUUCCGCGUAAAGGAUCCUACGGUGAGGAUGGACUCGAUCCAGAUCGAGGGUCUAAGCUCUCUCACGACAAGAAACCUCAACCCCAACGUUAACCUGACCCUGUUCGCCGGCGUGUCGGUGAAAAACCCGAACGCCGCGUCGUUCAGGUUCGACGAGGCCACGAUGAGCUUGUUGUACGACGGGAGAGUGGUGGGUGAAGCCCAGGUUCCGCCGGGGAACGCCCGGGCAAGGCGGACGUUAAAGAUAAACUCGACGGUCAUCGUUAUGGUCCAGAAUUUAAUAGGCGUGCCGCGGCUGACCAGUGAUUUGAUCGCCGGCGAACUGCCCGUCGGUAUGACUACUAGGAUUCACGGGAGAGCAAAGGUUUUGGGGAUCAUAAAGAAGAGCGCUACGGUGAGAUUGAACUGUACGAUGUCGUUCGACCUGUCGAGCCAAGGUAUUGAGAAUCUUGAUUGCGACAGAAAGGUGUCCCUGUAGGAUAGAGAACCGGUCAUGGCAGACAAUAUUGAUUUGUGUUUUUUUAUUUAUUAUUUUGAAAUUAUUAUUGUAAUGAUUUUAGCA